AUGCUAGGCGGUUGUCAGGUGGCGAGCGACGUGGAACUUCAGCGCGCUUUGGCCAUUCUAUGCAUCGACCUGACCAAGCUAUGCGUGCGCAUUAGCCAGAUCCCCGACCUCAAACAUUUCAACUUUAGUCAUCUGGCAAGCCCUGAUGAAGAUGGUAGGGAUGGCAAGGAUGGCCAAGAAUGGAAUUUGAGGUCCAACAUACUGCUGGGUGAGUACUUUGAAGUUCUCCAGUGUGAUAGGGAACUCGAAAACUGGUUUUCCAACCUUCCACUUGAUUUGACGUACCAGUUCCAAGAUUCCGAACCACGGUCGGACUCGUCUGGCCACGACCUCGUCUACAUCUACCAUGCCUUGCUCACUGGCCUGUAUUUUGCAGCUGUGUGUGUUCUUCACAGGCCAUUGCUCGACAAGGCCAGGAUGAAUUUUGGUUCGGCCGCUCCAGAACUGCGCGAAUACUCCUGCCGGAGGAUACGUGAAGCGUCCAACGAGAUUACCGAUCUGUAUCGGGACUUGUGCGCCCGUAAUCUGGUGGAAUUCUUGCCCAACACCGGUGUCACCUGCGUUCUUCCUGCCGCCAUCUUCCAUUUGCAGGAGCUGCAGUCGCAAGAACCCAGCUCGCGGCUGACCAGCAUGAGGAAGCUAGAGACUUGCAUGCAGGCCCUUCGCCGCUUGCAGAACUUGUACGCAUCUGCUGAAUUCGUAGUCUCGUGGUUGGCGCGUGCCACGCGAGGGGAUGUCAUCUACAAGCACACCGCGGUUCAGACAAGCUUGUUGCAGCAUUCGCGCCCGCCCCGAGCCUCGACCGUUGCUCAACAGCAGGGCAUUCGCUCGGACGAGACUUUCCCAAGCAAUUCCAGACCUUUUCAACCCCUCAACACGGCUUUUGACACAACUACCACCACCACAACAAAAUUCCCUGAUACGCCAACGCAUGUGGACCGGACACAGAUAGCCGACGAAUCGAUCGACAGAGCCAUGGGAGACACGGAAGGAGGGCCGCAAGAACAUAAAGGACACCAUGACAUGGUCAUCCCUGACCGCUUGAGGCUAUAG